AUGAACGCAUUCCGGUGCUUAAGGGUCGUCGCGCGCCCGACAACCAGCGCAUCCACACUCCUCCGACCACGCAUAGCAACACCACACCGACUAUCCACACCCUCUUCGGCCCGCCAAAUAUCCCUCCUCACACCCCGGCGCCCCAUACUGCCCCGCACAAGCACCCUACCACUAGCGGGCAGCACAUCUUUCGUACCUUCAACUUCCGAGACACUAGACCUCGCCUCGAAAAUCUCGUCACAUCCUGGUCUGGGCAGCACGCAGAUUCGGUGCGAAACUUUGGUUGACGACCGCCCACCUGUCGAGGAGUUGGGUCCGGCGCUUGAUGGCAACCGCGAAGGCUUCUCGGGCCUUGAAAUCGGUGCAAUGUAG